AUGACCAAGUUUCUCUCUCUGGCAACUGCAGUGUUGGCUCUCGCUCGAGAGAGCAAUGCCCUCGUUAGACCGGACAAUGUGGGGAAACUGCCGGCCCUAGGCUGGAACUCGUGGAAUGCCUUUGGCUGCGACAUUGAUGCCGCCAAGAUCAUGACUGCCGCGAACGAGGUCGUCAACCUGGGCUUGAAGGACCUGGGAUACGAGUAUAUCAACAUCGAUGAUUGCUGGUCUGUCAAGAGCGGACGGGACGCGAGCACGCAGCGCAUUAUACCGGACCCUACGAAGUUCCCUGAUGGCGUCUCGGGCCUGGCAGACCAGAUCCACGAUCUGGGGCUGAAAGUCGGGAUCUACAGCAGCGCGGGGCUGACGACCUGCGCCGGAUACCCUGCCAGUCUGGGCUACGAAGACAUCGACGCCCAGACAUUCGCUGAAUGGGGCAUUGACU